AUGGAAUCCGACCACAUUAAAUUGAAGCGAAUGUUAAGUGGAUGGGAUGGUGCAACUUCCAUGAUUUGCUCCAUCAUUGGUUCAGGCAUCUCCGUGUCUCCUAAGGCAGUGCCAAGUAAUGUCGGCUCUCCUGGGAUGUCAUUGGUGAUCUGGUGGGUGAGUGGUCUCAUUUCAUUGGUGCAAGCCUUCAUUUAUGCCGAACUUGUUUUUACAUUCCCCGAAGCUGGAUCCGAAUAUGUCUUCAUUCGUCAAGGGUUUGGCAACUAUUUGGCAUUUUUCUACAUGUGGAUUGCCACUGUCUUCCAACAAAGUGCCUCGCGAGCCAUUGUGUCACUCACAUUAUCCACCUACCUCUGCCAGGUCAUUUGGAGCGACUGCUAA